AUGUCCGCACCCUCCAAAUAUGCGCGUGUUGAACAACACGCCGCAAACAAACCACCCUUUCUCACAGCGGGAGAGAUCUCCCCCGAGGUCUUUCGAGCGUGGGAAAUGGGCUGUCGACAAUUCUUCAUGCACAAAGACAUUCCGGAUGACCAAAUGGUCAAAAAGGUCGCCUGGGGAAUGCAGGAGCCCAUCAUACAAGACUGGUAUCUUAAUGACCAGGAUCGCCUGAAUGCACUCUCGUUCACAGACUACAUCAAAGAAGUCCGUAGCUACUGGCUACCUGCAGACUGGGCCGACGCCGUUCGUCAGAAGAUGCUUUCCUCCACGCAAGGCUCGAAACCAUUUAACGAAUGGGCCGUUGAGGUCCAGUCCAAAAACACGCUUCUUCGUGACACUCCCUCUCAUCUCAACGACACCAACCUCCAAUACCACCUAGAAUCACACAUGCAUCCCGAUCUCACAGCUGAAUACCGUACAGAGCAAAUCACCGAGAAAGAUCUACGCAAGUGGAUUGAAAAGGUGAGAUUGCUUGACGACAAGCGGGUCCACCUCCUCGCGAAGCACAAAGAAGCUGCAGAAGCGGCUUAUCGUGUAGAACGAGGCAAGGUCAACGUCGACAAGAAACUUACGUCGUCAACCCGCUUCAACAGCAAGCAAACACAAUCAGCCUCUAACCCCUCAUCAUCCAAUAAAACCUUCGUCCGUUUACCCCUGCUGACAGAUGACGAGCGUCAACUUCUUCGAGACAACCACGGUUGUUUCAAAUGCAGAGAACCCUUCGUUCAACAUUCUUCCAGCACAUGUCCCACUGGGUUCCCCGACGGAGCCACAUACAAACCUUUAACGACUGCGUUAAUAGCUGCUAAGAAGAACAAGAAGAGCGGGACAACUGUCGCCGCUGUAGACUUCUCCGAGACAGUCGCUGUUGUGAUGCCUUCCGCAGCGCUCGGAAAUGGCUCAGAAUCAGGUGAUGAGUGCGUCGCACCGUUCACAACCCCGCAUCUCACUUGGGACUGCCUUGUUGAUGGCCCAGCUGUGUCUUCUUCUGUCACUGUAUCCGCUUUGAUUGAUCAUGGAUCUCCAGCAGUUCUGAUUAAUGAAACGCUCGCCAUUAAGCUUGGUCUCCGCCAUCGAACAUUGCCAAAGCCUCUUCCAGUUUCCGUCGCACUCUCAGGACAACAAAAGCAAUCAUUCGUUCUGUCGCAUUAUGUUAAACUCACAUGUUCAUCCCCUGACUCCCUGUAUAAAUCUCGCACUGUACGCGCAAUCAUCGCGCCCAACCUUUGUACCCAACUCCUCUUGGGAGGACCCUUCCCUGCACACAAUCAAAUCGUUAUUGACCACCGGCUGCGCACUGUAAUCGCUAAAGAUGUCAAUUACGACCUCCUGAACCCUCCAACACCUUGUGCGCCUGCGCCGUCUGUCGUUCCUAAUCAGCUGCAAGUUUACUCCUUCAAGAAGGAUGUCGUGUGCGAACUCAACCACGUUCUCCCCGAAUACAAGGCUAUCAUAGACAAAGAAUGUCUUCCAGUCAACGGCAUUGAUCUUGUAGGCGCCAUUCAAGCACAGAUUGAUAAACUAACCUACCAGAAUGACCUUACUGCACGAGACGCUGCCGUUAAACACGAAUUCAUCGAUCGCUUCCCAGCUGACAUCUGUCACGAGUUCCAAAUACAAAUCAUUAUUCUUUCCUUUCAACUGUCAAUAUUAAGCGCCCAUUCCCAGCGCUAA